CCACAGGCCUUUCAAGCCAUUCCAUCUCAGUGGUACCUGGGAGGAUUCGUACGCUUUCCGGUCACUUGACGGAAGUUGGCACCAACAUGGCGGCCUCCUGUGAGACCGAUACCGACGUAGACACUGACACCGAGGCGGGUACGGAAGCCUCGGCGCCCCGGGAGCGGGAUACCCCUGAAGACAUAGUGUUGGAGGCUGCGGCCAACGGGCUCGCUUUCCACCCGGCGCGGAACCUGCUGGCGGCGGGGGACGUGGACGGAGACGUGUUCGUCUUCGAGUACUCCUGCCGGGAGGGUGAAACCAGGGAGCUCUGGUCCUCGGGACACCACCUCAAGUCCUGCCGGGACCUGGCCUUUUCCGAGGAUGGACAGAAACUUAUCACAGUUUCCAAGGAUAAAGCCAUUCAUAUCCUGGAUGUUGAGCAGGGCCGGCUUGAUAAACGUAUUUCCAAGGCUCACAGUGUAGCUAUCAACAGCUUGUUGCUAGUAGAUGAACAUCUGUUGGCUACAGGGGAUGAUAAUGGCAGGAUUCGGCUCUGGGACCAGAGGAAAGAGGAUCCAAUCAUGGACUUGAGGCAGCACGAGGAAUACAUUGCAGAUAUGGCUCUGGACCCUGCUAAAAAGCUGCUUCUUACUGCCAGUGGGGAUGGUUGCCUUGGUAUCUUCAACAUCAAACGACGUCGAUUUGAACUUCUAUCAGAAGCACAGAGUGGGGAUUUGACCUCUGUUACACUCAUGAAGAGGGGAAAGAAAGUUGCCUGUGGCUCUAGUGAAGGGACCAUUUACCUCUUUAACUGGAAUGGUUUUGGAGCAACCAGUGACCGUUUUGCCCUGAAGGCAGAGUCAAUUGACUGUAUUGUGCCUAUUACAGACAAUCUGCUAUGCACAGGCUCUACAGAUGGGAUUAUACGGGCAGUAAAUAUCCUGCCUAACCGAGUUGUGGGCAGUGUGGGGCAACAUGCUGGUGAGCCUGUGGAACAGUUAGCCCUGUCCCACUGUGGUCAGCUUAUUGCCAGCAGUGGUCAUGACCAUCGGCUCAAAUUUUGGAAUGUGGCACAACUUCGUUCGGUGGUAGUGGAUGAUUAUCGGAAGCGAAAGAAAAAAGGUGGCCAAUUGAAGGCUCUGAGCAGCAAGGCCUGGGGCAUGGAUGAUUUCUUUGCUGGACUUAAGGAGGAGGAAGACAUAGUGCCUGAUGCAGUUGAAGAAGAAAGUGAGGACAGUGACUGAGGGAAAGGUAGUGGGGAAUCAGCCAGACCACCUGUUGCUGCUGAGGCAGCUUCUCUGGUUUUUCAUACCAGUUACUAAAGCCUAUUUUAAGGACUUUCUAAUAGAAGCUGCUUCAAGUUUCCAAUAGUUACAGUAAUUGAGACUAAGACCACUUUGGUUCUGAGACAAAGAAGGGAAGAGGCAUGUUAAAACCACUAGGUUGGGGCAGCUAGGUGGCAAAGUGGAUAAAGCAUUAGCCCUGGAUUCAGGAGGACCUGAAUUCCAAUCUGGCCUCAGACACUUGCCACUUACUAGCUGUGUGACCCUGGGAAAGUCACUUAACCCCCAUUACUCUGCCAAAAAAACCCAUCAAAAAGACUAGGCUGGAUGUUUUUUAAGUGAGAGUGAGGAAAGGAUGGCAAAGCCCAAUGUGUAGGUCUGUGCUCCUGGGUUGUUGUGUCAAGACUAGUCUUCCACUUAAGCUGAAAACUGACAAUAAUCUGUCUCCAGCUGGGCCCUGAUCAGAAUGAAGAGAACCACCUUUGUGGAGGAUACAACAUGGACACCCAUACCAACCAUAUCUUUUUAAUUAAAUAAAAGAAAAACAAACAAACUUACACCAACACAGAAUACCAAGGGGAAGAACAAUAAUGGGCAGAGGGGCCAAAAAAAUGACUUUAGGUCUAAACUAUCCACCAUGUAAACAACUUGAAGGAAAAACCAUAAACAUAUAAGGAUUAGGUAGCGUAAAAGGAAUGUAACAGGUUUCCCCUCUAGAUCAGCCAGUGAUAGUGUUCCCACUUGUCCAUCUUCAGGGCCCUGCCCUUCUUGAAGGACAAUGGAGCUCUUUACAACUGACUAGGAUGGCUAUAACACAUUACAGAGAGGAAAGAAACGGCUAUUUAGCAGGAAAACCACCCCCACCCUGGGCUCUCAUUUUCCCUUGGCUCACCUAAUGCUUCUAGGAGGCGGAGGGACACAGCAUUCUUGGCAACUUCAUGUCCACUUGGCCCCUCCUUUGUUACAACUACCCAGAUAAGGCCACUGAAAGGCAUGGGGUAACCAGGAAUCACCACCUGGUACCAGAAUCGGUGCCAGCCCGCAGGCCCAGCUCCCAAGCACUUAGUGAGGAAUACAGGUGUGCCUAGGCGCCUCUGUUGGCACAGUGUCUCCAGGGUGGUCUGGGGACAGCUAGAGGGUAUUGGGGUUCCUAACUUAUCAGGUAGGCUCCUAUGGUUGCCAUCAGGCCCCAAGACCCGAAAUAAAGGUCCUUCGGUUUGCUGCCGGAGUCGUUGCUUCAGGUCGGGCUUCAGCCAUUCUACUGUCACCUGCUCACCACAGAGCUUUGAGCGCCCUGCUGGACAGAGGAUACAUAGGAAUGAUGAUGGGUGGGGAUUGGGGGGGGGGGGGAAGACAACCUAAGCUUGGUGACACCCCCACCCCCCUCGAACAAACAAUAAACCCCUUCCUUCCUAACCUAUUCGUGAGCUCCCUCAAAUGUAUGGGCUAGUAUAUCUGAGCUUUAUUAGUAACAAAGUCAUCCUGUUUUCCUCUUCUCUGCCCCCUUCAGUGUUACUCCUACCUUCUACCAGAGCUUUCUUGGCCAUGGCCGCUGCCCGGUGCGAGCUAAACUUGAGCAGCGCAAUCUGUGUGGGGGGGUGCAUAAGGCUGGGGAGCAGCAGUGCUUCCUGCAGACCUGAGCCCAGAGGCUGCAGGGCCUGGAGCAAAGCCUGGUGGCUCAGGGCUGGUGGCAGCCCGUCCAGGGUCAGCUCGCAUUUCUCGGUGCUCCGGCAGACCAGUAGUGGGCAGGCAGGCCGAAGAGGGUGAUUGUGAAGAGUGGCGAUGGCGGCCUGGGCCCCGCGGCGGGAGCUGUAUCGAGCAUAGGCGAAACCUCGGUUCAGGCCACUGAAAGUCAUCAUGAGGCGAAACUCGUAGAGACGCCCCACUCGCUGGAACAGUGGAAUCAGCUGGUGCUCGUACACAUCCUGGGGCAGGCGACCGAUGAACACCUCUGAACCUGCUGGCGGAGGGCUGCCCACCCAGCCUGGGGAUAGAGUAGUCUUUGAACUGCUGACCUGCGUAGGCACACUAACCUAAACUGGGGAGCUUCUGAAACCGGCUUUGCCACUAACUGUAUAAACUAAGUUUGGACUUUACGCUGGGCUGUGAAGUUAACAAGUUCACACUAAAUUAACUUAUAAAGUCCAUUUCAAUUUAA